UUGUGAUACGACCUUCGUCGUAUGAAUGCAUCUUCAAAGUUUGUUUUGGCUACUGAGUUUUGGUCAUGCCCGAGUAUCCUCCGUAUCCUUUUGGUCCAUCCAUCUCAGAAAUACAGCAAGUAACACGUGAUGAAUUCGAACGUCGAAGGAGGUUAAGAAUUCUUCAGGUCCGAAUGCAAGCCAAAAGAAAUGCUAUCAAAGUUAGGAUGUUAUACAAUGCUAAAAAGCAGCAGUUAUCAGAUGUUAUUGCAAAGGAUCUCCAAGUAAUUGGUCUUUUCUAAUUUUUUUCAGAUUAAGCGUGCAAGAGAGGAUGUGAAACUACUUGAAGCAAAGAAGUACGAAUACUGUAGUGUGAUGAAUCAGUACGGAAUCGGCCAUAGAUCUGCAGAAAAUUGGAGUGAUCCUACCUUAGAAACUUAUUGGAAACUGUCCGUAGCCCAAAAACAAGCUGAAGAUCGAUUUAAUAUAGCUGUGGACAAACUGCAUAAAGAAAAGCUGAUUCAAGACCUUACACAACAUGAAACGCAGGAGAGGAUUAAAGAAGUUAGAAAUACUGAGAAAAAACGAGCUGCUUUAAUUGCUUCCUUACCACCACCAAAGGGUAUUCUGUCUGAAGAAAUUUUAAAACCUGCCUUAGCUUGUGAACCCUUGGUUCUUGUGUAUGAUAUUGAAGCUAGAAACACAACACAUACACAGAAUGUGCAAUCAAGAGUAGUUGUUAAAAGCAUCAACGUUGACGAAGAAAAAGAUAUUGGACCUCAAAGUGCUGCGAUUUCAGCGUGUAAAGAAGAACAACGUAUACAAGCAGUUGAGCUUGAAAAUGCCAUUCAUGCCCGUGAAGAUCUUAUCAAAGCUGAUAUGCGUGGACGUCAAGCAAUGAGAAAAGAGCGUGUCCGUCAAUAUUAUCAAGCUUUACUAAAUCGUUUGGAUGAAGUCAAGCGUAAUGAGAUUUUACUUCGUAGAGGUCAAUUAUAUUCUGGAACUGUUGACAGCUCUCAUGGGCAUGGUGGCGGUCCAUGGGAUGAUGCUGUUGUAAACCGUCGGAUGGAAAAAGUCUUUGAGGAUGAAUUACUUUAUCAGUUGUCAAAUAUAAAUCAUGAAGAAUACAUCGAUGAUAUUGAAGAAAAUACUUUAGAAAACGAUAAUAAUAACAAUAACGAUAUAAAUGGAUGUAAUGAUGUGUUGGAUGUGGAAGGUAAACAAAAAAGCUUGCCCGUAAAAGAUGUAAAACUUACUAAUGAUAGUAAUCUCGUUGAACAACCAAUGUCGCUUUCAAAUGAUCAGGUUUUAGAAUUAUAUCAGGAUAUUAACGAUGUUGAUGAAAUUUCACAUCAUGAUGAACAAUUAAGCGUGAUAGAAGAGAAAGAAGAACUAAUGCAUGAUGAAAAAAAAUCUGUAAACUCUAUUGAUUUAGGACCUGGUGAAAGACCAAUUCUACCUGAUAUUCGUCGUUGUCGUAUCCUUUCUGAAUCAAUUAAUUUUACAAAUUCUAUUCAUAAUAUAAACCAUAAUGAAACUUGUAAAUUAGUUCAUGGAAAUUCAAAAAUAUCUCCACAGUCUGUUGCAUUAAGCAAAACAUCAUUUCAAGAUAAAUCUACUAGCGAUAUUUGUACAGACAAUGAGAACAUACAAUUACGUCAAAAAGUAUUAGAUGAAGAACUAGACAUGAUCGAUAAACGCAUUAAUCGACUUCGACUCGGCUCGGCUUGCGAUCUUCAUGAAAGUCAAUCACAUUCAAUUAAAUUGUCAAGAAAAGAUUUGGAAGAAUCUACUGAAAUAAAUAACAAUAUAACUCCUAGAAAUAUGUAUAUAGUUGAAGGUUGUGUCUAUGGAGAUAAUGGAGUUAGUGAUAGAAAAGAUUCUUCAAAUUUGCCGAUAGAUUUAUUAAACACAAAACCUAAGAAAAACGAAACACCUUCAUUACCUUUAAUAUCACAACCGACUACAACUGUUGCACUGAACGUGUUUUCUUCUGAAUCGAUAGCAGUUUCCCAAAAGAUAAGCGCAAGUAUGGCAUCAAAUGAUCAAAGUACCUAUAACACUGAAUCUACUGUUGUUAAAUAUUGUAUUUCAAAGCCGAUAACAGGUGUUUUGGCUGAACGUGCUCGUGAUCUUAUAAGGAUUCAAAAAGCUAAAUUGUUAAAUCUUAAAAAGUACAAAUCUACGAGUGAACUUUCACAAUCUUCACAUACGUCUAACCAAAGUUCUAUUGAUAUGGACUCGGAAAUCUCCACAAAUUCUUCAGCUACAAAUAUGGAAAUUAAUAAACAUGAAGAUGUAAGUUGUUUCUCGCCAAAUGAUUCGAAACAGAUAAUGGAUUAUUGUUCUAUCCCUAAUCUUGGAAAACAUUCUUCUGGUUGGUGCACAAAUGACGAUAAACAGUCUUUCGAGUUUUCUCUACAAGAGAAUAUAAAUAUGUAUGAAUCGUCGAUACCAUCUACAACAACGCCAGUCAUUGUUAAUAAGUCUGUACAAUCACCGAAAAGUCAAUAUGAUUAUGAUGCACACGAUAAAUCACUUCCUAAUGAGAUCAUUAUUCAUGAUGAUGUCGUUCAAGAUGUGAGCAAAACUCCAAAUCAUGAUUUGUGCUUUGAAACUGUAUCUUGUAUUCAGAAUUUGAAUAAGAGGAAAAACGAAUCUUACAAGCAUCCACAUGAACUAAACACCGUUCAAAUAUCAAAUGAAAAAAGUCAAAAUUUAGAGAUAAAUAUUCCUUUUGAAUUGUCUCCAUCAGAUCCACCGAUUAAAAUAUCUUCACAAUCAACACAUUUAGUAAAUAUUCCACCUAUGAAUAAUAACCUGUCAACACUUCAGUCACCGUCGUCAUCAUCAUCUUCAUCAACAUUAUCACCACAAUCAUCAAUUAAUUCACCAUCAUCUAUUGGGUCGCAACAAACCAUGCCACUGUUGUCAAGUUCCGAUAAACCUCAAUCAUUAGAAUCAUACACUACAUCAGAUACUUUAAAAGCUGAAUUAAAAGCAUUACUAACAUCGUCACUGAUCAAUUCAAUUAUUAGUCAUAAUUCAAGCGUAACAACUGAUACAAAUGAUUUGAAAAGAUUAUUUAGUUCACAAAGUUAUCUUUUGUCCUCUCUAUCGGGAAUUUAUCGAAAUGCGAAAACUCAGACAACUGAAAUCUCUUCUGAAACUGAAUUGCCUUAUCCGAUCACAUCUAAUUCUUCGAUUUCCCCAUUAAAUCCUUCACAAUUAUCAUUUAGCCCAAAAAAUGCCCAAUUAGAAAAACUUUCAGAUAAUACAAGUAAUGAUCAACAGUCGAAUGCAAAUUCCACCGAACGUCCUCUUUGUGAUGGUCAUAUGGAUAAUCGAUCAAUCGAAAGUAAUUACCCUAAUAAACUAACUCUAAACAAUGAUUUAAUUAAAACAAUCAAACAACGUAUUCUGAAUAAAUAUAUAAAUGCUAACAAGGAAUGGCUUGUUACCUUAUCUGGUUUAAAUAAUGGUAAAUUAUUACAAACAAAUUCUUCAUCGUCAUCAUCUUCAAAUUCGGGUGUAGAAUUUAAUUAUCUCUCUGAAGUGACUGAUAACAAAGAAAUUAAUUGGUCUGAAACAAGAUCUGACUCAUCGUCGUUGCGCUCAAAACAAAUUUCCAUAAGUAAAUCACCUGAACCUCAUGAAAUUUUUUCUUCACCUCAAACAAAUAGUCCAUUAAGUAUGAUUUAUUCAGCACGUUUUAAACCAUUACCACGAUUAGAGGAGGCAACAUCUGAAGAGUCAAUACAUACUGUUCAAGUUAUUUCAGAUUUCAACAAUCUAUCGAAUACACCUUCGUCAUGGACAGAUAGUAGAAAAUCAUCAGAAUUCGGUAAUUUAUCUAAUUAUUCUACAAUAAAUUCUAAUACAACGUAUAUACCCGAUAAAUCUCUAAAAAAUGAAAAUACCGAUUCAUUUGUUCAUGACGUACCAAACAAUGAAGUUAAUUCACAUCAUUUAUCUGAAGAAAAUGAUACAAUUAAACAGUUACUCGAUAACAUUCCAAAUACUCCAAUUGAACCAAAUAACAAUGAGAUUGUGCCCUAUCUAGGCUCUAAAUUAUCAUCAACAUCUUUAUCCGAAAAAUUAGACGAUGGAACUGUCAAUGUUCAGGAAUUUGAUCUUAAAAUUAUUUCAUGUGCAAUACCUGUUAAUGAUCAGCGUAACAAUGUAACAACAAGUGGAACGCCAGUUAUAAUCAAUGCAAUUUCAAGCGAUAAGAUACCCGACGAAAAUCUUUCUGAGAAUUCUCGACCAUCUAGUCCUGCUGAAGGGGCAGUUAGUAAAUUUUCUUCUAGCUAUCAUCAAAAUGUAAAGUUCAAUGUUUCCAAUUCUUUACCGUCUGUCUUUGUUGAGAGUAUGGAUGGGUGUGAAAAAUAUCAAAGACAAACGGAAACAGUGCAUUACUCUUCUGAUAAUAGUCUCAAAGCAUUUAUACAAACAAAUGAAGCCUCACUUACAGAUUCAUUACUAUCUUUCGAACGACAUGAGGUUCGCUGUGAUCUGCUGAGUAACUCAGGAACAUGUGCAGCAGGGGGUGGUUUGAAAAGUCAGUUUCCCGAUACAUUAUCUAAUAAUGUUGAUGCUAAAAAUGUCUCUCCACCUACUGAUAUUUUAAAUAACAAAAAAACAACUGAAAAACCAACAAUCACUCAUAGUAAAUAUUUAACAAGUGAACAUACAAUAAAAGACUGUAUGAAUAAUCAACGUGAUCGCAUACCCUCUAACCGCGUUGUAGUUAAAACUUCAAAUACGAGGAAACUAGAUUCAUUUGUGUGCACUUCGUCUAAACAAAAAACCACACGCAGUGGGAUUGUUCAGAGUAUGUCUACAACUGGACAAAGAUUGAUAAGAAGUAAACCCUCAAAUGUUAACGUUCCAUCCUCAUCUACCCAAAUAACCCGUAGAUCUUCUUUAAAGUCGGCUAAUGUAACGAAUUUGUCCGUUAAUAGUAAACGGCUGCCAUCCAUACCAGUGUGUACACCGAAUUCAACUAGAUUAUCUAGUAAACAAAUUAAAGUUUCUGAAUCCUACAUUUGUACAAAAUUAAAUCCUUUUAAUCAAGCUAAAGUAUUACAAAUGGAACUAUCACAAUGGCAACAGAAACGCCUAAAAUGUUAUCAAGAACCACAGAAUAAUAAAAUGACAAUCUCAACAAGUACUGUCAUUCCGAAAACAGAUACCAAUUGUAUUUCAAUCGAUGUAGACAAUAAUAUUCCACUUAUACCGGAUGAUAAUGUUCAUAAUAUUAUUGACUUGAAAAAUAUUCCUGGAAGCAUGCAAAUCAAGAGUGAUCAACAAACAAUUGAAAACAACCAGUCAUCGCCCUCCAAUGAUAACGUAAAUCAAACUUCGGUGGAUUUAACUGUGGUGAAUGAAGACCAACCAGUGUUGUCUUCUCUUCCUGGAAUUGAUGAUUCAUAUCCUCCUCUAGCAGUUUGUUCCGGUGAUUUGUCGAUUAUUAAACCAGUAUCUGAAAUGAAUGUUCCGUAAGUUGUAAUUUGGAGUAUUUGUCGUACAUCAUUCUAUACACAUUAUGUAUCGAACUUUAACAUGAUACAUGAAAUUACCAUUUUAUUUAAAUUGGUUCACAACUGUAUUCUCCCUAUUUCUAUUUCUAUUUACCUACUCGACUAUCAGUAACUUGUAUUAAGUAGUCUGUAUUGUCUACUUUUAAUAGUUAUUUCUAUUAUAAAUCUUUAUACCACUAACUUUGUUACUAAUCCUACUACUCUGGGGUUUACUCUAACACUUUUAUCUCGCUAUGCUAAUGGGGUAUAGCAACUUGAACCGACGUGCACACGUACCAGAUUCUAUGUUUUAUAUGACUGACUUACUAAAACUAUCCAUUUAAUAUUGAUAUGUUUGUAAUAUUUUGAAGUUAUUUUGGUUGUACAAUGGCUUUUACUGUUUUUAUAUAAAUUUUAGUUAUAAAAAAUAGACAUGACAUCAGUUGAUGAUAUGCUUGAUCAAUAGUAGGAUUCUCUAGCAUGCAAUUUUGGGUGACCGUUUUCAUUUAUCAUAGUAAUUCUGGUUAACAGUGGAUAUCAUUUAGAAGUCUUUUUAUUUCACUCAGGAUCACAAUAUUUCAAGUGAUAUUACAAAUCAUAUUUGUGUGAGAGACUAUGGGAUGGUCUGAUUUUACACUCAAAUUGAAUCUCAUCAUCAUUUUCACAAUUCUAAAUAUCCAAACCGUUACACUGCACCAUUUACACGAUAACCGAAUAGGUUAAACCAUGUUAGAGGUUAGACAGAUAUCAUUGAUGGCACUAAUAUGAUUGUUGUCCAGUACCACAAAUUAACUGAAGUUGUAAAUGUGAACUACCAGAUUCUUGGUCUUCAAUUAUUUUCCGGCUACAUGUCAGUUUAGUGAUGAAAACUAACUUGAUAUUAAAAAAUUUCCAAACAUACACACAGAUACACAAAAGGUCAAUAGGCUCAUCAACUAUUUGUGUGUGUAAGUAAUUUAUGACCAUUAGAACAAAUUAAAAAGUUUCAUCUCAUAAUAUCGAUAGUUAUUAGAUCUUUUUUUACAGAAGUACUUUUAUGCUUGAAAUAAUUAAUAACAGUUAGUGUAAUCUGGGGCUAUUUCAUUUAGUAGUGGUAUGUUGCCAUUUUAUGCCACAAACUUUCGAUUACCGGGCUAAUAAAAUACUGGUGUUUUCUUAUGGGUCUAUUGUUAGCAGUUUGCUGGGAUUCAUAGUACACUUUAAGGAUUACUAUCUAAGGACAUUGAGUAUAGUUGGAAACUACGUUGUUAAUAGUAAUAUUGAUUCAUACUUAAAAGGAAAAGCUUGUUUUAGUCAAAUUUUUGAUAAGUACCACUCAGCCACUAAUUUUUUUCAGGUAAGUCACUGCCAGAAUGACUCCAAAGCUGAUCACAUAUAUUUAAAUCAUGUUCGCAAAUCAUAUUUUUGUCUAAAUAUUUCUGGGCUAUUUGAUUGUCUCCCUAGUUUUUGAUUAUUUACUUUAAUUUAGUGGUGACUCAACAGCACCAGUCA